UUGGUCCAUUCUCUGGCCUGCCAAUUCCUACAGGAGAUCCUGAUGUUGUGCGGAAUGACUUCGUGUGGGCGAAAGGCCCUGACGCUCCUGAGCAGUGUGUUCGCUGUGUGCGGUCUGGGUCUGCUGGGGGUAGCUGUCAGCACUGACUACUGGUUAUAUCUGGAAGAAGGGACCAUCUCCCCCCAAAACAUGUCGGCGGAAGUCAAGGUAUCGCUGCACGCUGGCCUCUGGAGAGUUUGUUUUCUGGCAGGAACAGAGCAUGGGCACUGCUUCACCAUUGAGUACGUGAUGCCAAUGAAUGUGCAGCUGACCUCAGAAUCCACCAUCAGUGUUUUAAGUCAGUAUCCAUUCUCCAUCCGAUCAAUCGUUUGAUGUUUAAAUUAAUAAGGACGUUACACAUCGUCGCUUUGAGUCUGCGCUUCAGAGGCAGAGCAUUUGGCACAAUAUGUGCUGGUGUUCAUACCCCUCACAAACUUACACCCAC